CGCAAGAGGGGCACAGGGCUGAGCGUCCGCGCUGCGCUCUUCCCGCCCUCCGGCCGCGCAGCGGCCCGGCAACCACCCUUUGCACGUACAGUCUGCGGAGCGCCCCCUCCGCGGGCAGCGGGAGCUGGCAGGCAGGGGCUGGGCGUGCAGCCGCCUGCCCGCGGUGCUGGCCGGCUGUGCCCCAGGGGCCGCGGGGCGGAGACGGGGCGGCGGAGGCGGGCGCCAGUCUAGGCGGCAGGUCCGCGCGCAGCCCUCGCCCGCCGAGCCUAGCGGAGCAGCCGCCGCCGCCGCGCGCCCCCGGCUCGGCCUGGGUGGCCUCUGCGCGGGUCUCCAGGGGGUCGCGCUGCACGUGCCCGACCGCGAGACCGCACACCGCAGGCCCCGGAAAGGAGACACCUGCGUUUGCCACGAUGCUCUCAUCCAGUGGCUUUGCGUCUGCUUCUUGGGAGCUCGUGGUCCGAGUUGACCAUCCACAUGAAGAGGAGCAGAAAGACGUCACACUGAGAGUGUCUGGAGACCUGCACGUUGGGGGAGUGAUGCUCAAGUUAGUGGAACAGAUCAACAUAGCCCAGGACUGGUCAGACUUUGCCCUUUGGUGGGAACAGAAGCACUGCUGGCUUCUGAAAACACACUGGACCCUGGACAAAUGUGGGGUCCAAGCAGAUGCAAAGCUUCUCUUUACCCCUCAGCAUAAAAUGCUUCGCCUCCGCCUGCCCAACUUGAAGACGGUGCGACUGCGAGUCAGCUUCUCGGCUGUGGUCUUCAGAGCAGUCAGCGACAUCUGCAGAGCCCUCAAUAUCAGAAGAGCAGAAGAACUUUCCUUGUUAAAGCCUUCUGGUGAAUAUUUUAAAAAGAAGAAAAAAAAAGAGAAAAGUAAUAAGGAGCCCAUAAUUGAAGAUAUUUUAAACCUGGAGGGUUCUCCAACAAUUUCAGGUCCACGAGUAAGUCCUGGCUUAUACAGUAAAACCAUGACCCCCACAUAUGACCCCAUCAACGGAACACCAGCGUCAUCCACAAUGACUUGGUUCAGUGACAGCCCUUUGACGGAACAGAACUGCGGCGUCCUCGCAUUCAGCCAGCCCCCCCAGUCACCAGAAGCUCUUGCUGAUAUGUACCAGCCUCGGUCUCUGGUUGACAAAGCCAAGCUUAACGCAGGUUGGCUGGACUCCUCGCGUUCCCUCAUGGAGCAAGGCAUCCAGGAGGAUGAGCAGCUGCUGUUACGAUUUAAAUACUACACUUUCUUUGACUUGAACCCCAAAUAUGAUGCUGUCCGAAUAAACCAACUCUAUGAACAAGCCAGGUGGACCAUUCUCUUGGAAGAAAUUGACUGCACAGAGGAAGAAAUGUUGAUCUUUGCAGCACUACAGUAUCACAUUAGCAAACUGUCGUUGUCCGCUGAAAUACAGGAUUUUACAAAUGAGUCUGAGGUCGAUGAAGUAGAAGCAGCACUUUCUAAUUUGGAAGUGACCCUAGAAGGCGGGAAAGCAGACAACACUUUGGAGGACAUUACUGAUAUCCCUAAACUUGCAGAUAAUCUCAAAUUAUUUAGGCCCAAGAAGCUAAUAUUAAAAGCUUUCAAACAAUAUUGGUUCGUCUUUAAAGACACAUCUAUAGCCUACUUUAAAAAUAAGGAACUUGAACAAGGAGAACCAGUAGAAAAACUAAAUCUUAGAGGCUGUGAAGUUGUGCCAGACGUAAGUGUAGCAGGGAGGAAAUAUGGAAUCAAGUUACUGAUCCCGGUUGCUGAUGGUAUGAAUGAAGUGUACCUGAGAUGUGAGCACGAGAGUCAGUAUGCACAGUGGAUGGCAGCCUGCAUCUUGGCAUCAAAGGGCAAAACCAUGGCAGACAGCUCCUACCAGCCAGAGGUCCUCAACAUCCUUUCAUUUCUGAGGAUGAAAAAUCGGAACUCAGCAUCUCAGGUGGCUUCUGAUCUCGAAAACAUGGAUAUGAACCCAGAAUGUUUUGUGUCACCUCGGUGUGCAAAAAAGCACAAGUCCAAACAGCUGGCAGCCCGCAUCCUGGAAGCCCAUCAGAACGUGGCCCAGAUGCCCCUGGUCGAAGCCAAGCUGCGGUUCAUCCAGGCGUGGCAGUCUCUACCUGAAUUCGGCCUCACCUACUACCUUGUCAGAUUUAAAGGAAGCAAGAAAGAUGACAUUCUGGGAAUUUCAUAUAAUAGGUUGAUUAGAAUUGAUGCAGCCACUGGGAUUCCAAUUACAACCUGGAGAUUUACAAAUAUGAAACAGUGGAAUGUAAACUGGGAAAUCCGGCAGAAAAUUCUCUUACAGAUCUUGAAUUUGACCAUGUUUUCACCAUAAGCAAAAGCUGAGAGCAUCCGCCUGGUCAAAAAGAAAACUGGAAGAACAGCAGUGGAGGGAGAUCAAGCCUCGGUCUGAGUGUGUCUGUCUCCUCAGCUGAAGGCAAGGGUGUGGCCCCAUGUGGUUCCUCGUAGCCCUUAUAGCUCAGCAUUCAGCGCUUACAGUCCCCUCCCCGCACCUCCCCCAUAAAGUCAAGGCGCCCCCACUCCGAUGCGACGCUCCAGGCCUCUCUGCUAUGCGUGUGCUUUUCCCCCAAACCUCUGGCAUCGCUCUGCCAACACGGCCCCACUGUCUGUGUCAGGCCACAGAUUACGUAACUCAAAUAUCAGGGCAGGCUAACAGGCUGCCCCAGCAGUCAAGUAUGCCCCAGGGCAAAGGGAUACCCAGAGGUUAAAUGGCUGCACCCCUUUAGAGACAGUGAAGUCAGCCCCUGCCUUCCCAGAGAGCAGUCGUCUCCACAAUAAUACAGCUACCAGUCCACGGCUGAAAGAACUAGGAAUCUAACACGGAUGAAGGGCUAUCACUUGUGCUUCCCAUGAGGUCUUUCAAUUUAUCCUUGAGGUGAGGUAGGUAUUAUCAACCCCAUGGUACAGAAGUGGAAAAGUGCAGUGGAGUCUUAGUAAACUUUUAAUAACUCCAUGGAUGGGAGGGAGCCCUGAUUUGCCAGUUUCCCUGGUGUAAAGACUCCUACCACAGCCAACAUGACCCAAGAUGACAUCAGUGAACACAGAGUUGGGAAGAGAUUCAAACACCUGGCUCUCUGACGGGGCUGGGCUGCCUCCAGCACAUGCCAGAACUGUGGACAGAGAGGUCAAGCAACUAGUCAAGGUCACCCCAGCUGAAAUGUGGAAAGCGAGGGGAUGAAGCCAGACCUCUACUUUAGCACAACUCCGUAUUCCCGUGUGAACAGCAAGGCUUCAUGAGCCAAGAGCCCUAGACUGUCUUUAAACGUGAUAAUAUUACCCCUGAGGUGAUUUUUUCCAGAACAUAUUAGGUCAGGCCUACAAAACUCCAUAGACAUUUUUCCCUCCCAAUUACAUUACAUCAGAUUUCAAACAUCAAAAUGGUGAAAAUUUCUUCUAAAAAGUCUUUAUAUCUCAACUGCUGGUCUACUUGUCCAAUAUGACAUUUGACUGUAAAUCUAGGUCAGAGGUAGGGUUUAGGAGAGGGAAAGAAUUCUGCCUUCUUCCCAACAGAGCAAACACCAAACUAGGACAGGAGACAACCCCACCAACCCCCGCAGAUCACUGGCCCAGCUCCUGUCAUUGCGUAUAAAUGACUGAUGGCAGUCCCACCCGGGACAGGUGACUCCUCCUCAGGGACUGAGCUCUGCUCUCAGAGGCUGAGUGAAAUGUGUUUGUUCUGACCUUUUCCUCCCUUUAUAAGUGGUUCUUUGAAACCAGUAGGCAUCAGAACAAAUGGGCUGUCAAACACUUUGCAAGAAGCUGUUGAGUUGCUUGUGAGCUAGCAGAGUCCGCUGUAGGAUAAGGCGCUAUGCAUGCAGAUACGUCCGGGGCAGGUGAUGCGCAUGCACAGCCGCUCGGAUGCGAGGCCCCGGGGACCCCAGAGGCACGCCCUGCCCAGUCUCACAUAUCUUUAGAAGACGUGACUAUAUAUCCAGUGUGUCUGAGAAUGUAAUGCAGCCUGUGGGCCCAGAGUUUUCAAGCUGUGCUAGGGUUCAGCCAAUUGUAAUUCAACCAAUUUAGUUAAAUACACACACACAAUUUUUAUACAUUUCAGUUAGAGUUGUUGAGCUACAAGUGACAGAAAACCCAAAAUAAUAGUGUCUCAAAAAUAAGGAAAGUUUUUUUCUCUUCCACGUAAAACUCCUAAGGCAAGCCUAGGCCAAAGAGGCAUUAUGUACCAUGUUAGGGACCCACAUCUUUUUAGCCUUUUACUCUUCCAUCUCAUAGUGUGACUUCGGUGUCAUCUCUAAUGUAGCCGCUUUAGCUCCAGGCAUUAUACCACAUGGCUUCAAUUAGCUACAAGGGAGAUUGAAACAUUUGGUCUUUAUUCAAAGUAACCAUGAACUUGGGACUUCCCUGGUGGUGCGAUGGUUAAGAAUCUGCCUGUCAGUGCAGGGAACAUGGAUUUGAUCCCUGGUCCAGGAAUAUCCCACAUGCCGUGGAGCAACUAAGCCCAUGUGCCACAAUUACUGAGCUGGCAUGCUGCAACUACUGAAGCCCAUGUGCCUAGAGCCAGUGCUCUGCAACAAGAGAAGCCACGGCAAUAAGCCUGCACACUGCAACAAAGAGUGGCCCCCACUCACCACAACGAAAGAAAGCCCGCGUGCAGGAACAAAGACCCAACACAGCCAAAAGAAAAAAGAAAAAAAAAAGGUAACCAUGAAUUCAAAACCCAGGGUUCAUUUUCUCAUGAAGGUGAGAAUGGUUCUUGGGAGAUGAGGAGCUCCCUCUGCCGUAAGCACCUGCUACAUGCCACACACCACGUCAGCUGCCAAGGAGGAUCUGUUGAGCAGAGUUGAUAAUCUAGCAAGAGGCAGGCCUCUGAGCAAAUAACUUGGUGAUGUUGUAUAACAGCUACUAUUCUUGAUAUAUAAAAAAGACAGAUGAGAAAAAAAAGGAGAGAAUGGUUUUGUUAGAUCAGGAGCAAAGUAGGAAGGAUUCUCCAGAGGAAGGGACAUUUAGACUUGGCUUUGAAGGAUGAGUUAGAGUUUGCCAGUUGAGCAGAAGGAUGGGAAUUAGGCCAAGCUUGACAGAGUGGCGACUAGUAAAGAGAGCCACUGAAUGUUCUUAUACUUGAGGGGCCGCAAUCAGAUUUGCAUUUUAAAAACAUAAGUCUGGCAGCUGAAGGAGGAUGGAUGGAAGAGGGCUACAUUGGAAGUUGGAGAGUCAGUUCAGAGGCUGCUGUGAUGGCCAAGUUAAAAGACAUUGAGAACUGGAGCUAAGCCAUUGGAGAGAGAUAGGAAAUGUGAGAGCUGACUCAGAACUAAAAUCAGCAGACUUUGCAACGGUGACCAACACAAUUUUCCCUUCUUCUCACUAACAGAACUUGAAUUUGGCUGAGUGAAUGUGUCCAGCUCCAGGGGUGGAUCUUAUUGGUCUGCACCAAUCUGACCAUCCUGUUCCACAUU